AUCAAAGUGAGUGACGGGCCGGCCGGGGCCUAGGGCUGGAUGAGCGGCCGGACCGGCGGCGGCGGCGUCGGCGUCGUCAUCGUCAUCAUGUCGGGGGCCGAGGCCGAGGCCGAGGUUGAGGUCGAGGCCGAGCCGCUGUGCCCUGACUGGAGUGACGAUGAGCGCAUGGCCUACCUGUUCUCGGCCUUCAAGCGGAACCGCGAGGUGAACAGCACGGACUGGGACACCAAGCUGGCCUUCUGGGCGGCGCUGAUCGUGCAGGAGGCGGCCCGCAGGGGGCGGCUCAGCUUCAAACCCUGGGAACUCCGCUCCUGGUUCCGGAGGAAAGGAGCCGUGCCACUGGGCCUGGACACGGUGCUGCAGGACAUGGCCAGGCGAGGGCUGAUUCAGAAGGAGUCGAGUUUCGCCGCGAGUGUUGAUGCAGGCUGGCUGGCCUGGAGUGUGGGCUUGUUUUUGAUUAAGCCCCUGAAGUGGACACUGACCUCUCUCUUGGGAAACAAUACCGUUUCACCAGAUGAAGCCUAUGUCAUUGUCGAGUGUGUUAAGGAAAAGGCAGUCGAGCUUUUGCAGCUCUCUCAGAAUCACCUGGAGUCAUCACAUCCCGUGGUUGCCUUUGCGAGGCUGCAGGAGGUGUGUCAGAGCGUGUGCAAUGAUGAGAAGACUUUCUGCCUGUGUCUGCUGCAACUGCAGAGAGAAAAGAGGGUCAUGGUUGCUGAAAUCGAUGGCGAUAAGAUUGUGAAGUUCAGCCACUCUCCCACUAACAAGGUUUCCGCUGUAUCUGAGAUCGAUGUAGGGGUGUACCAGCUGGUAAAGUGUGAAAAGAUGUUAACGCAGAAAGUGGAAACACUGUCCCAGGAGGCUGAAAGAUAUAAGGAGGAUGCAAGAAGCCAUUUGAGAGCUGGUAAAAAGCACCUGGCACUGAAAUCCUUGAGAAUGAAGAAGAGAACAGACAAACGUCUGGAUAGCAUUGAAGCCAAACUCAACACCAUUCAGACCAUCCUGGAUCGUAUUUACUCUUCUCAGACAGAUAAAACAGUUGUGGAGGCUUAUCAAGCUGGACUUGGAGCUCUGAGAGAGUCGAUGAAGGAUGUCAGUGUGGAGAAAGUGGACAAGUUAAUGGAUCAAAUUGAACAGUUCUGUGAAACGCAGGAUGACAUAAACCAGACACUUGCUGGUGAAAAUCUUAAUGCAGCAGGAGGUGUGGACACAGACGAAUUGGAAGCCGAAUUGAAUGCUCUCCUGGAGAAUACAACGGAGGAAACCCUUCUGCUCCCGGACGUGCCAACAAGACCACUCCCAGGAUCACCCAGCUUAAAGCUACCUGUAGCCGAGGUGAUGGAUGGUGAAUUGGAGGCGAGGCUCAGCAAGCUCAUGCUCUGUGACCCGGGUCUCCAAACCAGCUCUGGUACAACCAUGAGAAGCCCAGCCUCACUAGAACUGGCGCAGUAACCACUGAGACGCAGUCCACACUGAGCAAAUGGUGCAAAUCUAGAAUUUUCUCUCACCUUUGGGGAAGCCCAGGAGUCACCAAUUAUACUAAAGAAAUAUAUUGUAGUCUUUUGGAUUUUCCUUGGGAGCUGGGACUAAUUGAAAGAUUUUUUUUUUAAAAUAAGGAAAUCAUCUUGUGCCAUUUUGAGGAGAGCUUUUUUUUUCAGGACAAGGAUUCCCUCCUGGAUCCCGAACUGGCCUUGAUCAUCUCCUCCUGACCAUCUGAAGAGCCAGUUGCUACCACUAGAUGACAACACUGGGAGGCUGUACUGAUGCCAGUCUAAAGACCAUUGAGGAUAACGCUGGGCACCCCAUUACCACAUUCACGCGGCCUGAAGUCCUUUGAUGGGACUGUGCCGAGAGCUAGCUGUCAGCAUGCGUUCAUGACCACCUUGUGAACAGCUGCCCUCGAAGGAGCCAGUGCUGAGCAGGAGAUUGAAGAAGGAAGAUGUCAGCAGCUGGGUGCUGAGGAGAGAUUCUCCAGGGGCCAUAUUUCCAUGGGAUUGAUCAAUUAAAAUCCAAGUUCAAACCAUGAUGCUUUGCAUGUCCAAUGUGUGAAAGAUUUUUCCAGGAAAAGUGCUUAAAGUAGUCUGUCCUUGGCCUGAUUUUAACUAGAAUUAUGGAGCACGAUUUCAAUUGAGCCUUUCCUUGCAUUUCCAAACUACAUUGUGUUUGUGUGUCACAGUUAUGCUGUCCAAGCGGAACAGGCACCGGAUCCUGAGAAGACCAGCCAGGGAAAUAUCCUUUCUCCCUACACACUGGUACCAGCUUUGUUCUUAACCUGCUUGUUGUACCAAGUCUUUGUGAUCGAUGCAGUUGUAAAUAUCUGUUUCGGUAGAACCUGUUAGCUAAGACUCAGGAUUGUAGAAUAUUCCAAGCCCUUUUGUUUGUCUGAAUGAAAUAAAGAACUUUUUUUUUAAUUGGA